AUGAAGGCCACCCUCGAGCUGUUCGCGUCGGCAGCCCCCGCCCGCACCUCUCGCCUCGCCCGCACUCCUCAUCUCCCGCUCGACUAUUUCAUCCACCGCGCGAGCUCGCUCGCCCUGUACCGCCAGUUCAUCCGCGCCACCCGAUCCCUCGGAGACGUCGACGCCAGGUGGGAGACGGUCCAGUGGGUCCGCAAGGACUUUGAGCGCUACCGCGGCAUGGUCGACUCGGAAAAGUCCAAGACGCUCCUCGCCCUCGGCCAGCGCCAGCUCAAGCAGCUACACGCUACGGGCAGCUUGAUCGGCGGCGACAGCGCAAAGUGGCGCGGCAGGCGCUCGGCAAAGUGAGCCGGCGCCGCACGAGCGGCCGUCCUGAGCCGCUCGGGCUCGUCACGGACGAGACGAGGCGGCCGAGUAACAGCUCCUCUCGGUCGCUCAGCAGCAGGCGGCGCCAGUCGCUUGUCCCGGAUUCGCUCGACCUGGUCGCCCCCGUCUCCCGUCCUCGCCCGGCCGCCGUCUCGACCUGAAGCACGCCCACACCGCGCCGUCACUACCUUUGCUGAGGACGACAACGAGCAGUCGAAGCACGGGCUCGUCAAAGUCUCGGCGCUGCAGGGCCGGCCGACGACUCGCGUGCGCAGGAGGGACUCGCUCAGGGUGCAAUUGCAGGACUCGUUAAGGA